AUGAGUGGGCAGGGUAUAGAGAACCAAGAGAGCAUAAUGGAAGCUCCAUUUGAUGUAAAAAAGAUCACUGCCAACGAUAUUAAUAUGGAUGGUAUAGAGGAUAUUGAGGAUAUCAUAAACACUUCAUUGAAAAAAGUGAGAACUAAAAAGAGAUUGAAAGAUGCAUUGCCUAUGCUGAAAAAACUUAUUGAGGAGUUGAAAACUUUACCAAGUUCUGUUGAGGAUAACUCAGAAUCGCAACUCGAAGCUCCAGGGAUGCAAGUAUAUCUGAGAUUAGAAAUCUUUGGAAUGAUCAAUCAAAUAUGUCUAAUAUUUCUAGCAGAACUACUUCAGGCGAUCUUAUUGAAGCAUAUUUCAAUUCUGUGCAGAAAAAUGUAG